AUGAGUACCGACCCUGAGACUCCCGAUGCGCCUGAUGGAAUCGACCACCAUGACGAAGAGAGCGAGGCCGACGAUGAAGCUAUCAACGACGCCAGCAUGCAGGAUGCGGAAGACGAUGAAGGUGGAAAUGACGGUGCCGUUGACGGCGAAGCUGAUCCUGCGACUGAACGAACCUUGCCCAAUGGCAGACCUUACACCGUAUCUGAUGAACCACAAGACUAUAGUGUCUUCAACAACCCGCGCGAUCUCGCCGACAUGCGUCAGAGACUUUUCACCCUCGAAGACCCCGUUGAGUUGCCGGUCGCGGACUGGCGAAAUUAUUUCCCUUUUGUUGAUAAUAUCUGGCGUAAAAUGAGAUCCCAGCCAGAGGACGCCGGUGCCAACGUCGAGUAUUAUGCCUGCAGGCUGCGACGCGGCGCCAGCCAAAAACCACAUACGCCAAGGCCCACUCCAGAGGGUAAACAGAAGAGGAAGAAAAGAGUCCGAGACGAAAAGACAUGUGCCAUGACGAUGAAGGUGGUCUACAACAACGGCCCAAUAGAGACCUGCACUAUUUCAAAAGCUACCGAUGGAGUAAUGAGACAUUCCCAUGAUCUGGACUACAUCGAUGGUACAAAGCGAAAUACCGGAAUCAUGGAUACAGCUCGCCAUGAAGCUACCAAAGGUUAUUUGCCCGCUUCGAUAUAUUGGAAAUUGUGGCAGGAGCCAGACAAGAUGCAGGCUGCUGGGGGGAGGUUUAUGAAAAUGUCAGACGUCCGAAAUGUCCAGUAUGCCUGGCGCCAGGGACAUCAACAAGUUGUUCUCAAGGCACACAAGGGCUUCAGUCAACAGCGCGCCCUCCGACAGCCGCCAGCCCCUCCACCUCUUCCGAAACCUCAAUUCCAACCUUCCAUGCAGCCUGGCGUCUUUGGCCGACUGGAACCCGUCAAACCAGAUGCACGGAAUGAGCCAACAGCAGCAAUAACGACAACGAUGACGACGACGGCGACGUCAAUCCAGUGGGACACGUUACAAUAUCCACAUCAUGCCAGAGGUUUUUUGGAACCAUAUGUGCCCGAUCCCAAACUUGCCGCCGUCCGAACCCGUCCGCAUAUCACUCUUACCUGGGCAAGCAGCCUUGAUGGCAGGAUCAGUCAAGUCCCAGGAGUUCCUACGGCUGUAUCUGGUCCAGAGACAAAGGCAAUGACACACUAUUUGCGAAGUCGGCAUGAUGCCAUCUUGGUUGGUGUUUCAACAGCCAUAGCUGAUGACCCUGCCUUGAACUGUCGACUCGCAAAUCCCGGCGGGUAUGGUGGACUAGCCUGGGAGUUCCAACCACGGCCCAUCAUCAUUGAUCCUCACGCACGGCUACGAAUUCACCCAGAGAUGAAAGUGCUCAAGACAGCAGCCGAGGGUCGAGGCAAGGCCCCCUGGGUCGUGGUCGCUCCCGGUGCAUUGCUACAUCCUGUUGCUGUAAGCACGCUAAAAGCUCACGGUGGAGAAUAUCUGAUGAUUAAUGACUAUCAUCCUGCACAAGGAGGACUAAACUGGGAAGGUGUUUUCCAUGUGCUAUUUCGAGAAGGAAUAAAGAGCGUCAUGGUUGAAGGAGGUGGGAUCGUACUCUCAGAGCUUCUGAAAAUGCAUCGCUCCCAUCUGGUCGACUCUAUCAUUCUCACAAUAGCUCCGACAUUCUUUGGUAAAGCAGGAGUGAUGGUGUCUCCGGAUCCAACAUUCGACCCUACAGGACGCCCAAUUGCUACCAGGUUGAGAAAUGUCAGAUGGCAACCAAUGGGAGACGCCGAUGUGGUUAUGUGUGGCCACAUGACUAUCGAUCCUUCCCCGCCUACAAAUGGUAUUCUACCUGGUAUCGAGGAAUACUCGCGAACAGCGGCAGUUGUUCCAAACCCGCAACAACAACAGCAGCAGCAGCAGCAGCAGCAACUUCAACAGCCGCCAGGAGGACAACAAACACCACCCGCCCCGCCAGCGAAAUCGCAAACACCUCAGCAGCCGGCUGUCGUCCAGACGGAGGCUCAUGCAUCCACGAGUGUUCCUACUGGUACUCCGCAGCAACCGGUACCUGUGCCUCCACCGGUAUCUGCCCCUGCACAGCCUUGA